CAGGAAGUCUCCCUGUCUCACACUCACUGUCCUUGUUGUCUUGUUACAAGCAUCAACUCGUUGUCGUUUCUCUCUUGUUUUUACACUUUUGCAACCUUCUCAUCUGUCACCUCACUCGCUCUGGUGACGAUAGUCUAUCGCUUCUAAUCAUUGCUAUUGCUUGUAAUUGUUUUAUAGCAUUGGGUAAUAGUGCUUUGUUGCCCUGCGAACAACCCCAUCCCGAUCAUCAUUACCCCCGAUAAUACUAUCCACCUCGAGAAGAUCUAUUCGACAUACCUUCGUUAACCGCCCCGUCGAAACUGUUUAUAAUAUCAUAAAAAAAUCUCAAUAGUCUUUGAUUUCCUGAAGACUAUAUGAGCGCCUUAAUUUGAACCCGUCGCCGAUAUUAUAGAUACUCGAUCGCUUUAGUAGCAGAUUUGGAGUGAAGCAUUGUCGUGAUUGUCCGCAAGGACAACACGUUCCGAACGAGUCAAACAUGGCUAACCAACAAGCCCGAAUGUCCAUGUACUCGGUGGCUUCCGAUUCCGUUGGAGGCCCCCGAGGCGCCGGACAACAAUCAACUCAAGUGUCAACAACUACCUUGUUAAACGGCAUUCAUAAUAUCUAUCUCUCGUCUCAACCCUAUCGACUAGACGCUGGAACGAGUCUCGUCGUCAACACAUGGCUCACGGCGACUCAAGCGGGGCCAGACGGCAGGACUGGAGGAACUGUAGACCCUAACUUGGCAGCCAGAGCUUGGGAACAUGCUAGGCGUCGAGCAGAGGAUGGCUGUAUCAUUCUAGGGUCUCUUCAUCAAUCAACACCCUCGUUGUUGAACCCAUUUUUGUCAUCUCUGCCCCUCUCUAUUCCUUCGUCUCUGUAUACUGCCCUUGAAGUAAUACAACCCUUCAUACGAUGCGUAACGCCAUACAACCCAUCAACGCCGCGUCAAUCUGCCUUGGCAGUAACACUGACAUUAAACCUCACUGGAACAUUACAUGCCGCCAGUGUAGCGCUAUCACAGGGCGGUAUCGAUACUGUGAAGGGCCUUCUUGACAUACCUGCUGAGGCUGGCUAUCGCGCAUUUGACGUCUUUUACUAUCUUCUCACAUCCGCCUCAACACCCGCAGAAAGGGAGUUUUUGGGUCUCAAGUCUGCCUCUACCUAUUCGCUAUUAGCCAAGUCCGGGACUUAUAACCCUCCUUCAUAUCUUCCAACGGCCGACGAUGGCGCUGCCGCGGAUGACUUCCGAACUGCUCUUAAAGACAUUGGCAUCAAGGGCGCAGCUCAUCGGAACUUCAUCUCGACCCUUGCUGGACUUCUGAAACUCGGCAACACUCUGGACUACAACGUUGACGAUGAUGUUCUUGACGAUGUCUGUGAAGAUGUUGGCGGGUUACUUGGUCUUGAUCCCGAAGUUUUAGCUAGACAAUGCUCAACGGAUGAUAGACGAACUUUAGUUGGAGGACUGUACGAGGCUCUAGUCGACUGGGUCGUCACCAAGGCCAACGAAACCAUUGCCCUCCAAAUGUCUCGCAUACGAGAUGGCCAAGAGUCCCUCGACGGACAUAGGACACCAACCCCGGAUGAGAACGGCGAUACUGUAUGCAUUACUGUUGUGGAAAUUCCGGAUCCUAACCUCGGAAAAGCGAUUGCUAUGCGUGGUAUUUUCGAUGACAGCCUUGGAAUUAAUGCCGAAAUGAAAGAAGACGGUGUGGACGCAGUAGCUGUGGGAAGCUCAGUUUUACGAGAGACGCAGAAUGCCGUUGCGGAGGUUGCGCCCGAUCUAGGAAUUAUGAAUGGCCCAGUUGCACGAGCAAGACAACAUGAACUUGAGAAGAGAGAAGAAGUUUUGGAGAAGGCUGGUUUCGCUAGCGAUGAAGACGGUUUCUUGAAGAAGCUGCUUUUCCCUGUUCCUGGUCAAGGUAUCAACUUGGGCCAAAAUGCACGAUUAGAUCUUCCCGCUGUUUUAAACACUAGUCGCGUAUGGUAUCAUUUAUCACUCCACCCGACUGAUGAGGCUCCCGCGAGUUUAGCUGCUCUGCCCUCGAUCACAUCCGCUUGGUCGGCUGGCACGGUCUCACGCCAAUUACGCGCCUGGAGACUCCCCGAGUGGGCCAAUCGCCGCAACAAGAACUUGGAUUUCACGGCGGACUUUGAUCUAGACGAAUUUUCAACUCGUUUUGCUCCCUUAGGCUGUAGAGAGGGUCGAGAUGGCAUCGAGACUUGGAUCCUCGAGAGAGGAUGGAGCAACGGUGAAGUUGUGAUUGGCAAGGAGAGAGUCUGGAUGCGCGAGACUGCUUGGUGGGAGGCUGAAAGCAUGCUUGAUCUAAAGCCAGCCCAAGAUCCUGCGGCCGGUGGUAUGAAUAGCAUGUUUAGCACCCCUGGCCUCGAAAGAGGGUUCACCAAUGACUUCUUCCCCCCUCAAAUUCCCGACCAUAACUCCAACAGUAGCCGGGAUCAGCUCCUCAACAGUCAUCAGCGCAACCAAAGCCAGCUUACCUUUGCACAGAGCCAGAUGAGGGCACCCUCUGCCACUCCUUCUGCUAUGCGCAACGCUUAUGCAGGCGAUUAUGGCUUAGGGUCAAAGGGAGACCAGCAUCGCGACCAACUUUACUAUACGCCAGAUGGCGAAUUCAUUGGCAACCUCGACGCUGCUGACGCCAAAGGAAAACAUAUCGAAACCACCGACCAAACUACCACUCGUCGUAUUUGGGUUGGUUUCGUUUGGGCUUUGACUUGGUGGAUUCCUUCCUUCGCCCUCACUCACAUCGGACGAAUGAAGCGGCCAGACGUCAGGAUGGCUUGGCGAGAGAAAUUUGUCCUGGUCUUCAUCAUCAUAUUACUAAACGGCUUUAUCGUGUUCUGGAUUAUUGUCUUGGGGCAACUCAUCUGUCCGAACUUCGACAAGGCCUGGUUGCAAACGGAAGUUGCUAGUCAUCAAGGCCAAGACGAUUUUUGGGUCAGUAUUCACGGAAAGGUCUACGACAUUACAAAUUUCUGGCGGCUACAGCACAGUGAUACCAACAUUGACACGACAAGUGAUCUUAUGCAACAAUUCGCGGGCUUAAACUUGGACGAGUACUUCGUAGCUCCUCUUCCGCUUACCUGCCCCGGCUUGGGUAUUCCUGAAACCAUUCAGCUCCAGAAGAACAAUACUCCUACGUUGCCUCAGGGUGUGCACACCUCCGGCUACUUCCAGGCUGACCAGACAACCAAGUUACGUUCUUCUACCUGGUAUCGCGAUAACUUUCAACCCAGGAUAAAGGAAUACUAUCACGGUGAUCUGGUCUGGGAUGCCCAAAAUGUCAAAGAUGAUGGCAAGAAUAACAAUCACAUGUGGGUUACUUACGACGGUAAUAUCUACGAUCUCACAGAUUACCUCAAUACCAUCGACUACUAUAAGAACCUUGCACAGUACAAUUUCCUGGACACCGAUUUGAUCGACGCAGUUAAGAAAAACCCGGGACAGGAUGUUACUACCCUCUGGAAUGAUGCGAUUUCCGACGCCAAGGGAAACGCCACAAACACUGCCGCCAAAUUGAACAGUCUUAAUUGUAUCAAGCAAACCUUUUACGUUGGUAUACCAGACUUCCGUUACUCGGCUAAGUGUCAAGCGAACAACUAUAUUCUCCUGGCUUUCUCCAUCAUCAUCUGUUCCGUCAUCGUGAUCAAGUUCCUUUCAGCAUUACAGUUUGGCUCUAAACGACGACCCGCUCCUCAAGAUAAGUUUGUCAUUUGUCAGGUCCCGGCCUACACUGAAGGAGAAGACUCUUUAAGAAACGCACUCGAUUCCCUUACCGCGCUUCAAUAUGACAACAAGAGAAAGCUUAUCUGUGUUAUCUGUGAUGGUGUCAUCGUUGGUCAAGGUAACGAUCGACCCACGCCAAAGAUUGUUCUGGAUAUUCUGGGAGUUGAUCCCAAAGUCGAUCCUCCCGCCUUACCUUUCAAGUCUGUCGGAACUGGCAGCGAACAGCUCAACUACGGCAAGGUUUACUCUGGUCUGUACGAAUAUGAAGGCAAUGUGGUUCCCUACAUCGUUAUCGUUAAAGUGGGCAAGGAAUCGGAACAAUCUAAGGCUAAGCCUGGUAACCGUGGCAAGCGUGACUCUCAGAUUUUGCUGAUGAGCUUCCUGAACCGUGUUCACCACCGUGCUCCUAUGAACCCUCUUGAACUCGAAAUCUUCCACCAGAUCAACAACAUUAUCGGUGUUGACCCUGAGCUAUACGAAUAUCUCUUGAUGGUGGAUGCCGAUACUUGUGUACGAGAAGACUCUCUCAACCGUCUUGUGGCUGCUUGCGCGAAUAACUCGAAGAUUGCUGGUAUUUGCGGUGAAACUGGAUUACAAAACGAGCAACGAUCAUGGUGGAGUAUGAUCCAGGUUUAUGAGUACUUUAUCUCUCAUCACCUGGCAAAGGCUUUCGAAUCUCUAUUUGGUAGCGUUACUUGUCUUCCCGGAUGUUUCUCCAUGUACCGUCUGCGCACUGCCGACAAGGGAAAACCAUUGAUUAUUUCCGAUGGCAUGAUCAAGGAUUACAGUAUCUGCAACGUCGACACUCUGCACAAGAAGAAUUUGUUGUCCCUCGGUGAAGAUCGAUAUCUGACAACACUCAUGACGAAGCAUUUCCCCUACAUGUCGUACAAGUUUAUUCCUGAUGCUUAUUGUCAAACUGCUGCCCCCGAAGAGUGGAGCGUCUUGCUCUCACAGCGACGUCGAUGGAUUAAUUCAACUAUCCACAAUCUGGCUGAGCUUAUGUUGCUCAAGGAUAUGUGCGGUUUCUGCUGUUUCUCUAUGCGAUUCAUCGUCUUCAUCGAUCUUACCGGAACCAUCAUUCUCCCUGCCACCUGUGUUUACCUAGGUUAUCUUCUCUACCGAGUCAUCACCCAUACUGGCCCAUUGCCUCUCGUUUCCAUUAUCAUGAUUGCUGCAGUGUACGGUCUUCAGGCUCUCAUCUUCAUCUUGAAGAGACAAUGGCAACACAUCGGAUGGAUGAUCAUCUACCUACUAGCCUUCCCCGUCUACUCGUUCAUUCUCCCGAUCUACUCGUUCUGGAACCAAGACAACUUCUCGUGGGGUAAUACACGUAUCGUCAUUGGUGAGAAAGGUAAUAAACAGUUGGUCGCGGUGGACGACGAAGGCUUUGAUCCCAGAUCCAUCCCACUGCAACGAUGGGAUGACUACGCUGCAUUGAACAAUCUACCUGGUCGCCGUGGCAUGCACAGCGAAAAGGGAAUGGAUAUCUAUGAUGAUCAAUAUGAGAUGGACGACAUGAAAUCCGUCUACUCUUCUGUCAGACAGCCCUCAGUCCUUACCGGUCUCCAGGGCCGUGGCGGAUACAUGCCCCCUCACUCGCCUGCUCCAUUCCAGAACAUGCGACAGUCCGCAUAUGGUGCGUAUACCGACAACCCUGCACACCGGCAAUCUACUGCUUCGUUUGGUGAUGCCAAACGCAUGCAAUCGCCCUACCAAGAUGGUCCCAGCCACCAACGUAGUAUGAGCAAUCUUCGCGCGGUAUCCAACAACUCACCACAGUUUGACAUGCACCGUGCUUCCAACGCCACUCUUGGCUUUGCUGGUGGUGCUCGCGCACCAUUAGGUCAAGGUCACCAAUCCACCACAUCCUUCGACUUCCAACGAGGUCACGUUGGCCCUGACGAUGGUAUGAUCAUCGACGCCAUCCAAUCCGUGCUCCGAGAGGUCGACCUCGACACGGUCACCAAGAAGCAAGUCCGCGCCCUGGUCGAGCAGCGACUACACACAGAGUUAUCAGGAGAACGUAGGACGUUCCUGGACCGCCAUAUCGAUAACGAGCUGGCUAACAUGUAAACGCUACGUCGUCUAUUUGCGUUUUUAAUCUAAGGAAGAUAAUUGUAAAACGUGGAGGAGUAAUCUGGAAAUCUGGAUGUACAUAUAAUUAAGAAAACACAGGUUGAUCAUGUUUGAUAUGACAAGAAGCAAUGUUUUUUAAGGGAGGGUCUGGGAUCAUCCCUCAGAAGAAGAAUCAUGUCGUAGUUUGGUGCACAAGAGAAGAAAAGAGUACCAUGUAAUUCGUGGCGUCGAUCCUUUAUUUUUUUUUCCUCUUUUAGAAGAUGAAAAAACUAAGUAGGUACUGCCGGAAUCGUUGUUUGUUUUUGGUCCCGAUCGAUCGUUCAUUUUUAUCGGGUUUUGGGAUUACGGGAAUUAUCGGCGGUCGGAUUAUAUCUUUUUAUAAAGUACGCUGCAUAGCAUCGUUGUUGUUAUAGUAGAUUCGUUGUUCAUGUCGUCGUCGUCGUCAUCGCAUAUAAUGGAUAGGUAUUGUCACAUCGUUAGGCUUCCCUCUCCUUGUUGGGUGGCGAGUAUGGUGGUCGUGCUAGGUAAUAUCAAUCUCGGAAAUCUUCAAUAAUAUUUUUGGUUUGGGGGAUGUGUGAAUUUUAUGUUGUAGUGAAAUGUGCUUAUUUGACUUGAGCUGUUGUUAGGUAUGGAGGCAUAGUGCUUGGUUAUCGUGGCGGUCGAGUAUAUCUACUUUUGGUCUUUCACUGCUUACUCGAAAGGCAUACAAUAGGG